CCUACAUUCACUGACUACAUUGUUAAGCAGAAGAGUGGAAGUGGAACCGGUUAGGGGAGAAAAAAAAAGGAAGGAACGAGCGUUGUAGCUGAAACGUGGUCCAAAAUCAGGCAGUACUCCGCUUUAUGAAUCUGCGUUGGACCAUCGGUAUUUUAUUUUGAUAUUAUUGUUAGUAUUAUUUAGCGGGCGCGGCUUUAUUCCAAAGCUGAGCCUCUGCUCCUGAGCGUGGGGGCUUUCAUUUCUCUUUCAGUCGGCACUGAAAAGCGGAAUGAAUGACCAAGACAAAGGUUGACGCCGCGUCCCCGACUCACUUCGUCUCGCCCAAGGAAAAGAGACUCAGGAGCAAAAUGGAAAUGGAAAGCGGGCAUGAAGCAGGCGACGGCGUGCAAGCUCAGUCAAUAAACCACGAGAAGAAGAAACCGCACCGCGCGCCAUCGCCCGCAAGACCCAAAGACGUACCGGGAUGGUCUAUCACCAAGAUCCGGGGAGGAAUCGGUACACCGACCCUGAGUGUGAAACCGGGGGCGAUCCAUUUAGGGAGCCGUCUGUCCAGACGCAGCCCUAUUAGCGGUAAGGAAACAAAGGGUGAUAAGAUUGGAAAAUCACCGGGGAAAUCCGCACUGUCUGCACUCGCGGCUGCGAAGAGUAGCGUAAAGUCAAACAAGGCCGCUCGGAGGAAAGUCUCAGAUGCCAGUAUCGCGUCCGACGAUCUGAGCAAAGACUCGGGCAAAGACUCGGGCAAACUCUCACCCACUGACAGCAGCUCCGAGCUCUCCGACUGCGCUUCGGAGGAAAACAAGCAUUCAACGGACGCGCUGAGCAGCGAUAGAGAAAGCAGCAGCCGUGCCGGUGGAGCGGACAGUGAAAGCGCGGCCGCGGAACUGAGCAUUGCUCGUGCCGAGAGGGACGGAGAGCGGCUCGCUCUGGGAGGAGACGCCGGGCUGGACAGCACUUCUCCGGGGGAUGAGCGCUCCCUCACCUCUCUCGAUAGUCGGAUGCUCGCUAGCACAUCGUUGGCCUUCUCCGAUCUUAACGAGGACCUAACGGAUGGCAUGCACGAGGAAUAUCUCAGAGAAAUCGAAGAACUGAGAUCGGAAAACGACUAUUUAAAGGAUGAGGUUGAGGAGCUACGUUCUGAGAUGCUGGAGAUGAGGGACAUGUACAUGGAGGAGGAUGUGUACCAGCUCCAGGAACUUAGGCAGCAACUGGAGCAGGCCAACAAAACAUGUCGCAUCCUGCAGUACCGACUUCGCAAAGCUGAGAGACGCAGCCUGCGUGUGGCUCAAACCGGCCAGGUGGACGGCGAACUCAUCCGAACCCUGGAGCAAGAUGUAAAGGUGGCCAAGGACGUGUCCAUCCGCUUGCACAACGAGCUGGACACAGUGGAGAAGAAGAGGAGUCGACUUGAGCAGGAGAACGAGGAGCUGCAAGUGAAGCUACAGGACCUGGAGGUGGCCAAGCAAGUUCUUCAGGCUGAGCUGGAGAAGAGCCGAGAGAACUCUCUAAAAAAGCGAGGUGCAAGGCCAAACCACAAACCCGAUAAGAAGUCAUCACCACAGCCUCCAGAGGAUAGUUCUGACCUGAAGUGCCAGCUCCAUUUUGCCAAGGAGGAGUCAGCACUUAUGUGCAAGAAACUCGCCAAGAUGGUGAAAGACAAUGAGGCCAUGAAGGAGGAACUGACCAAAUACCAUUCAGUCUAUGGUGACAUGGACACUUCACUGACUGUGGAUGAGGUGGCUGACUCGCCCCACACGCGUGAAGCCGAGGUCCGAGUUCACCUGAAGUUGGUUGAGGAGGAAGCUAACCUGCUGAGUCGACGGAUAGUGGAGCUGGAGGUGGAGAAUCGUGGUCUCCGGGCUGAAAUGGAUGACAUGAAGAUUCAGGAGACCCCUGGAGGUCUUGCAGUUGGGACAGGAGUUGGGCAGCUACUAAUUUCACCUUCAGUUGAGAAUGUUAUGGAGAUGCAGCGGCACCUGCAGUUUGUAGAAGAAGAAGCAGAUCUGCUGAGAAGGUCACUGAUUGAGAUGGAGGAGCAGAACAAACUCUUGAUGAAUGAACUUAAUCGGUACAAGUCAGAGCUUCCUCCUGAUUCUGACAUUGAGUCACCCUCCACUAUCCUUCCUCCAUCCAUCACUCCUGGAGUAGCAGCUUCUGAAGAAGGAGCUCUAAAUGAAGCAUCCCAAGAAGAGCUCUUGGCAGCCAGGCUUCAAAUCAAUGACCUGAGCAGUAAAGUAAAAAAGCUUCAGUAUGAGAACCGCAUUUUGCUGUCCAACCUCCAGCGCUGCGAUCUGGCUUCCAGACAUGUGGACAUUCGGCCUGCUCUGGAAACUGAUGCAGAGGCAGGGGACUCGGCUGAGUGCGUGCCCAGCCAAGAACGUAAUGAUAGCCCGAUGGAUGGUGAAGAAAACCAGCCUCUGGAGGAAAGGACUGAAAAAGUGUCAGGAAACAACCAUUCUGAUCAGUGCCUCAACAUCAAAGAACUUUUGGCCAUCCGUGAGCAGGCCCAAAUAAUUACCUCAGCAAUCCAGCUCCUCAUGUCUGCCGAUUCCAACUGUCUUUUAGCCGUCUCAUCAGACACAAUCUUACAUAAAAUGACAGCUAGGGAACCCGGAGAAGUCGGGUUCCCGGAGAAGAACCAAGUGCAGAGUUCUAAUCUGUCUCUAGUUGAGGCCCUUCACAGUAGGCUUCAGUCUCUGCAAGCCCAGCUGCUGGCUCUCAGUCAGAGGAUAGAGGUCCUUGGGGAGUCCCCUGAAAAUAAGCAUGUGAAGGGGCUGCCGUCUUUUGCCCUAGUCUCUCAGUCAACAGAGCCCUGCCCUGUAGAUACCCAGGUCAAUCAGAUCACAGUUCACCAGAAGCCCAACAUUAGGGACCAAGCAGAUGUCAAAUGUCAAGAUGCCCACCUGUGCAAAGCCGUUGAGAGUGACAGCAAUACAGACAGAAACGAAGACCAAGUGACAGACUUGCCGGAGACCAAAUGUGCACUGCUUCUGGAGCAGGUUUGUGAGCUUCAGGAUCAGUUGUGUGAGGCAAAAGAGAAGGCUAAGAAAACUCAGGAGGAGCUGGCACUGGAGAAUCAAGCUCACCGUGAUUACACACAAUCCUACUCCCAGAAACUCUUUCAGCUGCAGGAGGAGCACAAGAAGGUGCUGGUGCAACGGGAUUUUCAGCUGCAAAGCAUGAACCUGCAAACACGGCUGCAGCAGAAGUUCUGGAGCCAGGAGAAGAACGUCUUGGUGCAGGAGUCCCAGCAGCUUAAGCAGAUCCUACUGCUGGUCAGCCUCAAGCUACGAUGGCUGCUGAAGCAGUGGAGGCUUGGCAAGAAGUUUGAUGCAGAGGGCAAAGACAUGUUGCAGAUUAACAGCAUUAAGGAGCUUCACCUUCCUCUGGAGGACGAUGGCCUUGCCCCUCACCAUGGAGACAAUAAGACAGCAGCCUCCAAGGAACAGCAACCAAGUCCCACAAAGAAAGAUCGCAGCCUUCCUGAGAAUAACCUUCAGCAGGCUAGUGGUUUGAGUGCGACUUUGUCUGACCUGAAGGUGGCUCUUCAGGAUCUGAGCAUCGAGCUGCGAGAGGAGCGUCAGAGCUCCCAGGAGCUAACACAGCAGUUUGCCCGAGCUAAGGCCUCCUGGGAGGUGGAGCGCACUGAGCUCAAAAGUCUCAUAACCCAGCUGGAGGGGAAGGCAGGGAAGACGUCUGCAGCUGGUACUGACGUGGAUCCUCCAGAUCUGAAAGUAGCUCUAAAGAGGGAGUGUGAGGAACACCAGCACCUGCUGGCAGACUCCUAUGCUGCAGUAAUGGAUCUGACCAAGCAGUUACAGAUAAGUGAGAGAAACUGGAGCAGGGAGAAACUGGAGCUUCUGGAACAUUUCAAUCAGGAGAGGAGCCAAUGGGAGCAGAGGCUCCAUGAUGCCCAGAGCAAGGGCACACAGUCUCCCAGUGGCAAGGGAAUGUCUACAGAUGCUAACACAAAUGAAACAACAUUGCAAAGAACCCAACUGAUUUCCUCCUUGUCAGACCUUGAGAGUUUGCUGGAUGUCACAGCUUUUCUUCCAGAUCAUGAGGUCAAUGGAAUUGCUGAGGUAAAGGCUGGGAAGCACCAGUUUAAUGAUCUUGUAACCCGCACAGACCUGAAUGACCUCAACCAGAAGAACUGGAAGUAUCUGAGUAGUGAGUCAGCUUCUCUGGAGAAGGCUGAGCCUUUUAAAACCUGGGACUGCCCUAGCACAGCCAUUCCAGAGCUACAGCUGAGUAUGGAGCAUGUGCAAAGGAGUUACACUGCCCCAGACAAAACAGGUAUCCGAAUAUACUAUAGCCCUCCAGCUGUCAGGAGGAUGGAAAGGAAGGUCAAGGAUCUGAGCUUAAAUGAUACCCAACAGGGACUCAGAUUUUUCAGUGCAACUAACUCAGACCAAGCAAUACUGCCUCCAACAUCACAAACUUCAACUUCACACUUGUCGUCCUCAUAUGAGCAAUGGCUAAGCUCACUAUCCCAGCAGCACAGAGACCUACUCGAUGGCAGGACGGGCAGCUCAGGCGCCCUCCACACCCUUGAAAUUUCUGCAAAUCUGAGUGAUGACAUGAAGGAGAUGACCAACUGUGUGCGGCAGGCCAUUCGUUCUAGCUCACUUGAGAGGAAAUCCAGCAAAGAUGCAGGAAGUCAGACUGUGGGCUUCACCAGCACAGGAACACAGACAGCUAAAUUUGUCAGCGUGGGACUGCAGACGGAAAGUCCAGCCUCCUCAGCGUCCCGAGGAGCAGGAUUUAAUGGGAAGGUGUGGUCUCCACGCCCAUCCACCUCACUCACUUCAGCACGAUCACGCCAGAUCUCCUCGUCACUGGAGAAGGUGCACGGCCGCAUUGACCGACCCUGCUGCUCACCAAAAUAUGGCUCACCCAAGCUCACAAGAAGGGUCUCUGCCUCAUCCUCAUCUUCUAAGCUGGAGACAUCUUCCACCUCCUCGAGAGAUAGGAGCAUGUGGAAUCUGCCAAACCGUAGCAUUGCCCAGAGCGGAUCUGCAUGGGCUCGGUCCACCACAACCCGUGAUAGUCCUGUACUUAGUGGCCUCAAUGAUGGUCUGUCCAGUCUCUUCAGUGUUGUGGAGCACACCUCCAGCAUGGAGUCACUUUGGAGGGGUGACACAUGCCCUGGAAGACAAGCUGCUGGCAAGCCCUCUUGCCCCAGUGUUGGCAUUAGCCUUGGUGAUCCCAGCACUCAGAAGUAUGGCAUUGUGCAGGAGUUCUUCCAAAAUGUGUGUGGGCGGACUGUGCCAGGAGAGAAGACUGGAGCCAUAGAUGAGCCCAAGCCUGAGUGUCUCACUGGUGCUCUGAUGGGAACAGACAGUGUCACUAAGAUUGUCAAUAGAAGAUUCAUGAAACAGACAUUGCGGGAUGAAGUGGUUGUCAGUGGGAAGGAGUCUACUGCAAGCGCCAGUAGCCCAGAGGAUUCAUCUUGUGAUUGCAAAUCACAGUCUCCAACCUCUUGUUUUGCUCGCUCCUCCCGGUCCACGGUUCGCCACACCCACAGCCAGUGCAAACACCGUGUGCAGGAGACUGCCUUGGGAAAUGAGGAGAGAUUGGAUGUCAGCAAUGAGUGAAGGAAAUGAGGCCACGCCUUCUAUCACUGCUUUAAAACAAACACACUCAGAUACUGCCACACAUACAAAUGUGUAAAUGCAUUGCCAUGUAUAAACUUGCACAUAAACAAGCACACAAAGCCACAGUAGAAUACAUGUCUGGGCAUUUCCAAGAACCUGUGAUUAGCACAAGGACUGAUGCCAAGAAAUAUCUCUCAGCCAGCCUGACCUCCCUUUUAUGGUCACCAUUCUAUACACCUUCAACCAGCAGGACAGCUCAAGUCUGCCAUCUUAAUGAACUGACCAUUGGACAACCAUGGGAUCAAGCUUCUGUGUAUAAUAGGGGUUGAAAUGCAGUGUAACAAGUAAAAUGUAAACAUGUAGAAUUAAGUUAAAACCUGACAGCGAUUACCUGUGUAUUAAGCUGCCCAAAUCCCAUUUGGAUGUAAUGUAUUUACAUAUUUACUUGCUAAAGAUUUAGAUAAUAAAGGCCUCAAGCAGACAUCUACAGCCUUUAUUUUCAUCCCCAUAAUCACAAACAAAAAUAGCUCUGUUGUUUAAAUCUCACAGUUCAUCAGUCUCAUCCAUCCUGUUACACUGGGGAGCUUCUUUAAAAUCAUUACUUCUAUUUUUGCUGUAAUACUGUAAUAUGACUAAUAUGUGUGUGACAGACUGAAAGUGAGAACACAUGAUCCAGUUUACUGUUUAUGUUUGACCAUUAGAAAAGGCACUGGUUAGCAAAGGGUUUUCUAAGAUAACAAUUUUAUAAAUGGAGAUAGCUGAAAGCUAAUGUGUGCGUGUCACUCCUCACGGUGAUUACCUGGGAAUGUCAUUGUCAUUGGAUCUCUCCUCUACCCAUCAGUCUAGAGUCUGUUAACAACAUUAACUAUUAUAAAGCCAUGACAGGAGUUUCUUUCUUAUGUGUUAGCCGGGUGUACAUUUUACAUAUUGGACGCACUAUUUUCCCACCUUAAAUUAUGUAUUUAUAACUGUCUAUGAUUAGAAUGGUGCUACACAAAAUAAAAUCUUGAUCAUAUUUUAUGUUAUUUUCAGAGCAGUGACUCUUUAGCUGAAUGUGAUAAAAUAGUUCAUGUUUAAAUCGAGUUGACUGCUAAAUGAUGCAGUCAGCAUUAAACACUGUAUGAGGUGUAGAAUGAUAACCUUGAAAACAUCAGACUUUUAGCAGUGCUCUUUCUAUAUACCCACACAGUUUUGCUCUAGCCCUCCACUUCUUCACAAGUAUAUGCACACACACACACAUGCAGAGAAUAGAGCUUCGCUAAAUAGCAAGCCAGUAUGGUCAGGUUCCUUUGUAUGUGUCCUGCCACUUUCUGCCUCAGCUCUUUAAUAAAUAGGGCAUUAAUGGUGAGCCACAUUUCUUUAUUGCCGUUACCUAUGGUACUGUCCACAGUGUCUGCCAUAAAAUGUCAUUACCAGUCUGUUAAGACUUCAGUACACCUCAUGCAUUAUACAUACCUCUUGCUGCUACCUCCUUUCUGCAUUUUCAGUGUAACUACUCCAAUUCAUUCUUUCUUGAAGGUCUCAAGUGUGCCUUUGUAUCUUUUCAAUGAAAUUCAUAUGUUUCUUUGCUAUUAGUCAGUGAGGAGCUGCGUGCAGUGAGAACACUGGGAUAAUUUGCAGUGGACUCAAUAAACACAUGUAUUUCAUUUUUAACUUAAAGCCCAGUGUAUACAAACUCUGGUGGCAGCCAUGACCCACUGAACAAUUUCCCAAUUCUGAGUUUGGUCAUAACUAUUCCUCAUUGCAGCCACAAAUCAUUUGCCUCAGUGUGCAUUGUGUAUGUUGAUGAGCUCGGUCUAAAUGAUCCCUAAAAUGCACAUAGACUCAUGGGGGAGGACUCCAGCUCAACUGCCCUGCCUACCAUACAGACAUGAACUCCAGCCAAGCCUUAUCUACAGGCUACUUCAAAGCAAAUCUAAUGGAACAACUUCCACUCGUAUAAUUUGAGUAAAUUACUUCCAAACAAUUACAUAAACUACAGAUUCUUGGUUCACAAGGACACAAGAACUGAUUCAUCUCAAACAAGUCCUUAAUCAUCUCCUCUUAUCAUUCCACAUCCACCUCCCAUAACAUCUAGCAAUACCUAAAUGACAUAGUAGCUUAAUACCAUUUUCUAAAUUAUUGAGAAUGCAUGUAUAUUUUGUUUUUUUUUCCCUCUUUGUAAACAUUUAUUAAAUAAAAUUAGUGAGAAAAAAAAACAGUCUUUAAUAUUGUAACCUUAAACAUACUGUACAUAUACAAUUUAUACUCUUUCUAUCUUAGUCUAGAAAAAACUUUGGAAUGUCUCUGCUGAAGUGGCUUGAAUUUCAGAGCUCAUAUCCUCCCCUUCGAGAAAACAAGAACUUCUUUUUUUGUGUGUAAGUAGCUCCAUUUCCGGGAAGAGAAUAUGCCACAAUAAAACUGGCUGAAAUUGUUUUAGCCUGGAAGAAGGAUAGGUUUGGUUGUUGCCUCGAAUGAAACUUUCCUGUUUGUUACAAUU